AUGGCAUAUGAAAAGCCUACAAGAGAUUCAAAACCCAAAAAAACAUGGAUCCAAAUAUUACAAUCUAAUAUAAACAAACAGAACAUGAAGACAAUUCAGGAUUUCCUGGUUUUUUCAACUACUAAAAUUCCAUCUACUGUCCCAGAAUUUAUGUCAAUAUAUACCAUUAAAGAUGACAAAUGGGGAAAAGAAGCAGAAUUAAGCUUAGUGCAAAAUAUAUUCUCGCAAAUAAAUUAUCAUUGCAGAGAAUUUAAAGAAGGGGAAACAAUAAUAGAUAUGUUUUAUUUAUCUGAAGGAAUUUAUAGGCAUUCCUUAAUAGUCCCUGAAAAUUAUUAUGAUAUGAUCUCCGUGGCAAAAAAAUGGCAUGAAGCAUUUAGAGAACAAUAUCUUACACCAGGGAGGGAAAAAUCUAGUAAAGAUGAUACUAUUUAUGAUUAUAAAAAGAAAUUCGAAUAUUGGAUAAGCGAAGAGAUUAAAAGAGUUGGUCAAUUUUGCGAUGAAUGUGAAAGAUUAAAUGUGAUUUUUAAACAAUUUGCCCUAACUAUAAAAGAUGAUUGGGAAUCCGAAUUAAAACCUAUUAUACAUAGAAUUGAAAAGAAAUUCCAGAAAUCUAGUAAGAGCCAUUCUUCUCUUGCUUUACAGCCAAUAAGUGAAAAAUGGAAAACAUUUAGUAAUGAUUUAGAAAACAUAAAAGCUACAUUAGAAAAAAUUAGUGAACCAAGAUGUCUGCUGCCAACAAGAAAAAUUUAUCUAGAGAAUAUAAAAAACAAGUGGAAAAGAUUAAAUAAUUUAGCUUUGGAACUUUAUAGUUUAUUAUAUUAUUUCGAACUAGAAAAAAGAGACUAA